UGUUUAUGACGCGCUGCACUGGCUCCGUCAGCUUGACAGCUCAUCAAACACACCGUGUUGAGACAGGCGCUUCUUGCCGUCUGCUUUCAUGGAGGAUACUUUACCGCGAAUGAGAGGAAUUGAACGCAGCGCCGGAUGCUAGUGUGCACUCGGUGUCGCUCAUUCCUACGACCAGAUUACAUUUGUUAGCCUAGCUGCUUGUAGCAUUCUCACUGAUACGUUAUGGCGUGACGUGGGAAUAGAAAGUGGUUUUAAAUCCUAACGCCGGUAUCGAGUGGUCAGUGUCUGUAGAGAGACAAGCACAUGCGUGCAGAACUCUGUUUAUUCGCAGGUUAGGCUUCUAGACAGCUGCCUGGCGACUCACUUAGACUAGCUAGCGAGCUAAACCCACGUUAGCAUGGCGUCAGAUACAAGUGACACCGAGGAAUUUUAUGAUGCUCCCGAAGACGUCAAUUUUACUCCAUCACCUAAAGUGUCUCCUACAAAGUUUGUCAUUCCUUCACCUAAGCUUUCACAGAAAUCGCUUGCAAAAGAGGUGAGCUGUGACACAGCCACGUCUGAGACUCAGCAAGAUGAUCCCCUCCAGAUCAUUGAUAGCAUCAUUGAGGAGAGUAAAAAGGAAAGUGCUGGGGAGGUGGGUGCAGUGGCUCAGCUAUUAGAUCAGCUUCAUGUUGAUGUAACGGCAGAGCCGGAGCCGAAGGAAGAGAUUAAUGCUCAGGAAGUUCCUGUGGAGAUAUUAGCGGCAGAUGUCGAACCUCAGCUUGUCGAGAGGCAAGAGGAACAACAGGAAAGUGCAGCUACAGACGGAGCAUGCUCAAUACCCGCCCCUCAUCCCGCAGAUCUCCCAGGGCCGUCAGCUGGGUCACAAGAACUGCCCCCAGACAUCACCAGCACUAUAGGACAGACUCGGUCAUACAGGGCUGUUGUGGUUGCAGACGGGGAGCAGGAGCAAAGGCCUGCAGACAUCUUAGAACAGGUACCAUUCACAGACAGGCCGGCUGACUCUGACUCCUCUGGGCCGAGCAAACCACCACGUCAAUUCACUGUAGAGCCAGACAUUGUAGCCAGCACCAAGAAGCCUCCUCCCUCACGCCCACCCCCUCCCAGUGGAGGCCCUCCGCCAAGACCGCCUCCCCCAUCGUUGCAGACGCUUCCCUCCAAGAGGUCUCAGGAGUGUCUGAGGCCACUUGGACUGGAAGUGUGUACGGUCGGACCAGUCUGCAGCGACGCCCUGGAGCCCUCUGGCCUGGUCUCUCCCAGCAGCACUGUGAGGAGUUUAACCAAAGAGCUGCAGCAUUCCUUGGAUUUGGCCAGUGCCACCAGUGGGGAAAAGGUGGUAACGGCUCAGGAAAAUGAGGAUGACCAGGGGCCAUCUCAGAGCGGAGGAGCAACUCCAGGCCCUCACCGUCCACGUUCCAACUCUGGUCGAGAACUGACAGAUGAAGAAAUCCUGGCUAGUGUGAUGAUCAAGAAUCUGGACACUGGUGAAGAGAUCCCUCUGAUCCAGGCAGAAGAGAAACUCCCCGCUGGAAUUAACCCUCUCACUCUGCACAUCAUGAGAAGGACCAAGGAGUACAUUACGAACGAUGCAGCACAGUCAGAUGAUGAUGAAAAGUCUCAGGCUCCACUGACGGACACAGAUGGAGGGAAACUGAAACAGAAAACAACCCAGUUUAAAAAGUUCCUGGGCAAGUCUGUGAAGAAAGCCAAGCAUCUGGCCGGGGAAUACGGAGAGAAGGCAGUCAACAAAGUCAAAAGUGUGCGGGAUGAAGUGUUUCACACAGAUCAGGACGACCCGUCAUCCAGUGACGAUGAGGGCAUGCCGUACACCCGGCCUGCCAAGUUCAAGGCAGCGCACAGCUUCAAGGGUCCUUUUGAUUUUGAUCAGAUUAAGGUCGUGCAGGACCUGAGUGGAGAGCACAUGGGUGCUGUUUGGACGAUGAAGUUCUCUCACUGUGGGAGGCUGCUGGCUACUGCAGGCCAAGAUAACGUGGUUCGCAUCUGGGUCUUGAAGACUGCCUUUGACUACUUCAAUAACAUGAGAUUAAAGUACAACACUGAAGGUCGCGUUUCACCAUCUCCGUCUCAGGAAAGUUUAUGUUCCUCGAAAUCUGACAAUGAUCCUGGGGCAAGUUGUGUUCCAGAGGACCCAGACACAGAAGACAGGAACGCCCCUUUCCGUCAAAUCCCCUUCUGCAAGUACAAGGGUCAUACAGCUGACCUGUUGGACUUGUCCUGGUCUAAGAACUUUUUCCUGCUCUCCUCUUCCAUGGAUAAAACCGUCAGACUAUGGCACAUAUCCAGGAGAGAGUGUCUCUGCUGCUUUCAGCACAUUGAUUUUGUCACAGCCAUUGCUUUUCAUCCCAGAGAUGACAGGUACUUUUUAAGCGGCUCUCUGGAUGGGAAGCUACGGCUCUGGAACAUUCCUGACAAGAAGGUAGCGCUUUGGAACGAGGUGGACGGCCAGACGCGUCUCAUUACUGCUGCCAACUUCUGCCAGAAUGGGAAGUAUGCUGUAAUUGGCACCUACGACGGCCGAUGCAUCUUUUACGACACAGAGCGUCUGAAAUACCACACCCAAAUUCACGUGAGGUCCACCAGAGGCAGGAACAAAGUAGGACGCAAAAUCACCGGCAUCGAACCUCUACCUGGAGAGAAUAAGAUUUUGGUGACCUCAAAUGAUUCCCGCAUUCGCCUUUAUGACCUGAGGGACUUGUCUCUGUCCAUGAAGUACAAGGGUUACGUCAACAGCAGCAGCCAGAUCAAGGCCAGCUUCAGCCAUGACUACUCGUUCAUUGUCAGUGGCUCAGAGGAUAAGUACGUGUACAUCUGGAGCACUUACCACGACCUGAGCAAGUUCACAUCUGUUCGACGAGACCGCAAUGACUUCUGGGAAGGGAUUAAAGCACACAAUGCAGUGGUCACCUCCGCCAUCUUUGCACCCCACCCCGGCCUUAUUGUUCCACCAGACACCACGGCAGAGAAACCAGAAGCAGAGUGUAAGAGCCUGGACUCUGAAGACUCAGAAACAAUACCCUCAGGAGCCCUGAAGACAGACCACACGGAGGUGCUUCUCUCUGCCGACUUCACGGGAGCCAUCAAGGUUUUCAUCAACGUAAAGAAGUUCUGAGCAACUCGGGGUGAAAAUCUUCACGUUCAGGCCUGUCUCGUGAACACUGGUCCUACAGAUGCGUUUCAGCCCGACAGGAGCCAUCGAUUGUCACCCAACUACCGAACGGUUACUGCUCUGAGACAGUUGUCCGGAGCAUCUUCAGGACAACAUGGACCCUAAAAUGGAGGAUGAGAGAACGGGUGGAAGAAAUUGACUCUACAAAGCAGAUCGUGUUGUGUUUCCCUGUCACAUUUCUGUUUUUUAUUUUUUAAUACCAAGCAACUGUGAAUGGUUUUGGCAUUAAGAAAAAGGAGACUAGGCCUGAAAGCCAACUGUCUGUGUGGUUUGAGCUGAAACGAAACCUGUUCAGAUGUGUAAAGUUAUAGCUGUAUGGAGACUCAGUGUAGCUAGAAAGCUAUUUUUAAUAGUAUGGGCACCUUACUAGUCUGUUUUUGCUUCCACAUUUCAGAGUAAUUAACUCCUAACAUGUGCAAGACACUGUCCUAAUGUCCGUCUCAAAUUUUAAUGCGUCUUUGUGUUAACAGAUGUAACCAUUUGUCCUGAGAGCAAAGUGGUUUGAAAUGUCAUUUACAAACUAUUUGUGCCUAAGAAAUCUAGAUCGCUUUUCAAAAUUGAAGCUGUCCUCAAGUAAGAAGCAUUUCAGCGGAUCACAGUACAUACAGUGUUUGAUACAGGAAAUCUGUACACGGUUCCAACUGAUCAGGGCUGGGUAUCAUAGGUUUUUUCAGUGAGUACUGGCUCUGAAAUACUUUUGAUACAUUUCUUUGACCAAUGAAAGCACAUUUCAUUAUAUAAAAUAGUACUGUAAAUUUACUAUGUAACAUUGCUUACUUACUGCUUUUGUAAACAACCAAAUGAUGCUCUCUUAAUUUCCUCAAUAAAAAUCCACACAGAAA